GGGGCGGACGUGCUCGGUGCUGCGCGUCGGUGCGACUCGCGGCGACGCGUCUUCGAGAAGCGCGUGCUGUGGCAUUGCAUGCAGACGACGACUUGCUUCGGGUCGAUGGGAUACGGCGGGAGCUGGACCAGCGCGGAGCAGACAGCGCAAGCAGCAAGCAUCAGAGGUUGUUGGGUAGACGGACUCGGGGCCUGGGGGUGCGGCAUGAAGAUCGAUCGUGGUGGUUCGGAGCGAUGGAUGUGCGCACCUCUGUGGCUGGUUUUGUCGCGGCACUGUACAUGUGGUGCAGGUUGGCGCGACACUCCGUGCAGAGCUUCCCCCUCGCAUUUGAGCGCAGAGUCUUGAAACAGUUUGCACAGUUGGUGGUGGCACUAGGCAUCGCGCCGUGUAGUGCUGGUUGCCUGUGCGAUGUAUCAGUUUAUCGGAUUAGGUAGACGUAAAAGAAGGUGAAGCAUACGAGACGC